AAAUGCCGAGUCAAGAAGUUGUAACAUCAAAAGUUGUGGUUCAUCCACUUGUAUUAUUAAGUGUUGUUGAUCAUUUUAAUCGUAUGGGAAAAAUUGGUAAUCAAAAACGUGUUGUUGGUGUUUUACUUGGUUGCUGGAGAGGCAAAGGCGUUCUUGAUGUGUCAAAUAGCUUUGCAGUUCCAUUCGAUGAAGAUGACAAGGAUAAAUCUGUAUGGUUUUUGGAUCAUGAUUAUUUGGAGAAUAUGUUUGGAAUGUUUAAAAAAGUUAAUGCAAGAGAAAAAGUUGUUGGUUGGUAUCAUACUGGUCCAAAACUUCAUCAAAAUGACGUAGCAAUUAAUGAAUUAAUCAAAAGAUAUUGUCCAAAUUCUGUUCUUGUUAUAAUUGAUGCUAAACCAAAAGAUCUUGGUCUUCCAACUGAAGCUUAUCAAGCUGUUGAAGAAGUUCAUGAUGAUGGCUCACCAACAUCAAGAACAUUUGAACAUAUACCAAGUGAAAUUGGAGCUGAAGAAGCUGAAGAAGUUGGUGUUGAACAUUUAUUAAGAGAUAUUAAAGACACAACAGUUGGUACACUCAGUCAAAGAAUAACAAAUCAAUUAUUGGGAUUAAAAGGACUUCAUGCUCAAAUUAGAGAAAUUAAAGAUUAUUUACUUCAGGUUGGAAGUGGUAAAUUACCAAUUAAUCAUCAGAUUGUAUAUCAACUUCAAGAUAUAUUUAAUCUUCUUCCUGAUAUGACACAAAAUUCAUUUGUUGAUUCAUUAUAUGUUAAAACAAAUGAUCAAAUGUUGGUUGUUUAUCUUGCAGCACUUGUUAGAUCAAUAAUUGCAUUGCAUAAUUUGAUUAAUAAUAAAUUAACAAAUCGUGAUGCUGAAAAAAAAGAAACAGAUAAAAAAGAAAUUAAAAAAGAUGAAAAAAAAGAAGAAGAAAAAAAAGAUGAAAAAGAAAAACCUAAAAUCAAGUGAUUACAAUAAAUAUUUAUAAUUAAUUAACAUCAAAGAAAGAAAGAAAAAAAAAAAUAAUAAUGAUAAUGGCAAUAGAUGUGAGUACUAAUAUAAUUAACAACAAAAAAUAAAAUAUCAUCAUUAAAAUAUGUUAAUUAAUACAAUGUGUAUUUAUCAAUGAGUCAUUUCAAUAUUAUUAUUUCUUUUUUUUCUUGUAUCUCUAUCACCACUUGAUUCAUCUUGAAAUAAACAUUGUAUUUUCUAAGUAAACAUUUUUAUCGUUUAAAACACAAUAAAAUAAAAUAGAAAAAAAAAAUA